UUGUUUUUUUAUUGUUGGAGAAAACACUUUACAAAGCGCAUUUUGUGUGAAAUUUUUCUUUGGAUUGCAAGCAGAUUGAAAUUUAAUAAAGACACCACAACAAUUAAUAACUUUUUUAAAGAAUAAAACAAAGAAAAAGUAAAGAAAAUUGUUAAUAAGUAAAAAGAAAACGAAAUAUUUGGCAAAUUUAUUUCAUAAAAGUUUAAAAGAAACAUGUAAUGAAAUAGUUGAAAACGCAAGAAAAAAAGGAGACAAGAAAACAAAUUACAAAAAGGAAUUGCAGAAAUUUAGGUGUGACAUGAAGUGAUUACAGAGUAGAGUAAUAAUAAAAAAAAGGAAAAGAAUUAAAAAAAUAUAAAAAGGAUAAAAAGCAAAAGAAAAUAUAAAAAGUAAUAAAAUUAAAAUAUAAGGAAAAAAGUGUUUGUGUUUGUCCUUAGAUAAAAAAAUAAUAAAAGAAAAACCAUGCAAAACAGCCCAAGAACAAAUGGAGCCAUAUCCUCUUUGCCCAGCACUUUGGCACAAUUGGCUUUGAGAGAUAAACAACCUGCCCCGGCUUUACCCCACACCCUGCCACCCUCCUUAGCAGGCAGUGGUGUUGGUACUAGUGUUUUGUCCAAAGCCAAUGCGCUGCAACAAGCCAAUGGUGGUGUAGCGGGUAAUGCUGAUGCCAAUAAUGUAGGCCAUAAUGAUUCCAAUAAGUUGUCAACAGAAUUACAAGAAAAAGAACAGGAAAACAAGCAACAGCAGCAGCAGCAAUUGACACAACCAAAGCAAAAGCCUCCCCUGCCAGUACGCAAUAAACCCAUGGAAAUAGCUGGUUAUGUGGGUUUCGCCAAUCUGCCCAAUCAGGUGUAUCGUAAGGCCGUCAAACGAGGCUUUGAAUUUACUCUAAUGGUGGUGGGCGCUAGUGGUUUGGGUAAGUCUACCCUUAUCAAUUCCAUGUUUCUAUCGGACAUCUAUAAUUCAGAGCAAUAUCCGGGACCCUCUUUAAGAAAAAAGAAAACAGUGGCUGUAGAGGCCACAAAGGUUUUACUAAAAGAAAAUGGUGUCAAUCUCACCCUUACCGUGGUGGAUACUCCUGGUUUUGGUGACAGUGUGGAUAACACCAAUUGUUGGGUGCCCAUUUUGGAAUAUGUAGACUCUAAGUAUGAAGAAUAUUUGACCGCUGAGUCCAGGGUGUAUCGCAAACAGAUACCCGAUAAUAGAGUGCACUGCUGCUUGUAUUUUAUAGGCCCCACGGGCCAUGGUUUAAGGCCCUUGGAUAUUGCUUGCAUGCAAAGUCUUUCGGAUAAAGUUAAUUUGGUUCCUGUCAUAGCUAAAGCCGAUACCCUGACACCUGAUGAGGUUCAUUUAUUCAAGAAGCAGAUACUCAAUGAAAUAGCCCAGCACAAGAUAAAAAUCUAUGAUUUCCCCUCUACCCUGGAAGAUGCCGCCGAAGACAGCAAAACCACACAAAAUCUACGCUCAAGGGUUCCUUUUGCCGUGGUGGGAGCCAAUACCAUAGUUGAACUAGCUGAUGGCAAGAAGGUACGAGGACGACGUUACCCCUGGGGUCUAGUGGAGGUGGAGAAUCUGUCUCACUGUGACUUUAUAGCUUUACGCAAUAUGGUCAUACGCACCCAUCUGCAGGAUCUUAAGGAUGUCACUAACAAUGUCCACUAUGAAAACUAUAGAUGUCGCAAACUCUCCGAGCUGGGCUUAGUCGAUGGCAAGGCACGACUCUCCAACAAAAACCCUCUUACACAAAUGGAGGAAGAAAAACGGGAACAUGAAUUGAAAAUGAAGAAAAUGGAAGCCGAAAUGGAGCAGGUGUUCGAUAUGAAAGUCAAGGAGAAAAUGCAAAAACUUAAAGAUUCCGAGCUGGAGCUAGCACGACGACAUGAAGAACGUAAAAAGGCUCUUGAACUACAGAUACGUGAGCUAGAAGAAAAACGCCGAGAAUUUGAGCGUGAACGCAAAGAAUGGGAAGAUGUCAAUCAUAUAACUUUGGAAGAGCUGAAACGUCGUUCUUUGGGAGCCAACAGCAGUACAGAUAAUGUUGAUGGUAAAAAGGAGAAAAAGAAGAAGGGUCUGUUUUAAUUAGAGUUUCUUAAAAAACUAAAUGAAAACUAAAAGCAACCGCAACAACAACAACAAACACAAUUCUUUAAAAAUGCACAGUAUUUUUUCCUCCCCCCUCUCUUUUUUUUUUUCCUAAAAACCAUUUGGAAAUUUAUUUUUAUUAAAACUUUUUACUUACUAUUUUUAAACUUUAAAUUUAUUUCUAUUUUCCCCUGCCUCUACUCUGUCCCCCUUUCUUUAUAUUAUAUAUAUAUAUUUUCCCUCUCUGCUGCCCUUUUUUAUACGAUUUAUUAAUUAAUGUAGAUUUUUAGAUUAAAAAACAAAGAAAAAAACGAAAAAUUUAUGUUAAAAAUUUUAUAUUGACGCUAUAUUUAGAUAAACUUUUCUAGUAAAGAAAUAUCUUACAAAAUGCUUACAAAUUUUAAUGUUUUAAAAGUUAUAAAUUAAACAAAUAAAAAUAUUAAUUAUUACGUUUGCUUACAUUGCAACCAUCAAGUAAUAUGUAUCUUUAAAAGUAUGUAUUAUAAAAACAAACAAAUAACUACUACGAUUUUUUUGACGCCAAAUAAACAAAAUUUAAGAUGAAAUAAAAAACGAUUUAAAAAAACAAACUUUAAUUAUAUUUGGAAUUUUUUUUUACUUUUUAAGGCUUUUCUGAAGAUUUUGAAAUUUUGGAGUUUUUUAAAAAAAGUACUUUUUGAAAAAAAGUACUUUUUGAAAAAAAUGCUUUUAUGGGAAAUAUUUAAGAAAAAACUUUUUUUGAUGAUUUUUUAAAUUUAAAAAAAUUUUGGAAAAAGUGCUCUUUGAAAUAGUACUUUUUGAAAAUUUUGUUAAAAAGUACUUUUUCCCCCAAAAUUCAGAAAAAACACUUUUAGACAUUUUUUCGAAAAUAAUUUGAACAUUUUGAAAGAACGUACUUUUUGAGAAAAAUGGUAAUAUUUUAGAAAAACACUUUUUAAUUAUUUUUUUUUUUUAAAUUUUGAAAAAUUUUUGAAAAUUUAAAAUUUCUCUUAAAAAGUACUUUUUAAGAAAAACUCUUUGUGUUUAUAUUGAAAACAAACUUUUUUUAAUAAUUUUGAAAAUUUUUUGAAAAAGUACUUUUUGAAAAUUUUUUAAAAAGGUACUUACCAUUUGAUAUUUUUUUGAAAAAAGUACUUUUAUAAACUGUUUCACCUUUUUUAAAGGACCCUCUUCUUUGUCAUUUAAAAAGAAAGUAUUUUUCGAUCUAAUUUGAAUAAGUACUUUUUGAUCAUAUAUGAAAAAAAGUACUUUAUUGUAACUUUCGUAUUAUAUUGUUUCGUUUUAUGACUUUUCGAUGAAGAACUAAGUUUGAAAAAGUACUUUUGUAUAAAUAUUGAAAAAAGUACAUGUAAUAAAUUUUAAGAAAAGUUCUAAAACUUUACUUAUCUUAAUCAAAAAAGUACUUUUUUGUAAUAUUUCGUCAAAAUAACUUUUCGAAAAAUUAAUUUUAUGAACAUUUUUUGUAAAAAAGUACUUUUGUUGAAAAGAGUAACUUCUUUCAUUCAUUCCAUAUCGUAAUUGGUUUCCCAAAAGAAAUAAUCUUGAAAAAGUACUUUUAAAUAAUUAUUAAAAAAGUACUUUUUGAAAAUGUUUAAAAAAAGUAC